AUGACAAAUCCAGAAUUGCGACAAAAACAAUUGGAACAAUCGACCCAAAGGAAUCUAUUGUCAAUGAAAAUGUUUCCUAAGACACAAGUAAUAAAUUAUGUUCUUUCAAUUCGUAAAUUCAAUGGAAAAUUAGCAUAUAAGAUAUGCUUGUAUACAGAAGAUGAAGAAUACCUAGUAAUAGCUGCAGGAAAGUAUUCAGCUUCACAUACUUUUAUUAUUUCAACAAGUUCACGCGAGGUUGAAGAAACUGGUCUCUUUUUCGUUGGUAAGCUCAAAUAUCAUGGUAGAAAUACUUAUUUAGGUUCCUAUUCUGUAAAUUUCAAUGGGCCUCAGUUCAUUCCCAAUUCAAAAAUCGUUUUAGAUAAAGCAAAUAAAACUAUGACUUGCGCAAUGCCUGCUCCUGACGGACAAUCAUAUUUAGCAGAUGGAACAGUACCUGAUGGAACCACAGAAAUCAUCUUCAACACAUCUACGAUCAACUUCGAACAAGGUGCUCUUGAAUUUGUAGUCGAGCAUGAUGAAAAAGUUUGUCUUAGAAUGAAGCAGAUACAUGUUGAUGAGUUUGCUGUAAGCAUUUCUCAUCCUCUUUCACUAUUUCAAGCAAUGGCAUAUAUGUGCAGCUUCCUUGAUCAUGCCUAUCAUUUUUAA